AUGCAUUUUCGGCAUUUGGCACUACCGGUGGCGUCGCUCGCAGCAUUAGCGUACGGAUAUGCAAAUCCGGAGACAUGCUCAGGCGAGUGUGUCAUUUAUGAUCCUACGCUCAUUCGGCGGUCCUCGGACGGCACUUAUUUUCGGUUUUCUACUGGGAAUGAGAUUUCAUAUUGCACUGCGUCUUCUCUCUUGGGACCAUGGACAUCUGUCGGGUCUGUACUACCAGAUGGCUCGUCCAUUGAUCUUGAUGGAAACACUGAUCUUUGGGCGCCCGACGUCCACUACAUCGACGACUUGUACUAUGUCUAUUAUGCUGUCUCUACCUUUGGGUCCCAGGACUCUGCGAUAGGCCUGGCAACUUCAGCCACAAUGGACCUUGGAUCUUGGACAGACCAUGGCUCUGUAGGAAUUCAAUCCAGCUCCGCCAAGAUUUACAACGCGAUCGAUCCCAGCUUGAUUGAGGUCGACGGUACAUACUAUAUGCAAUUUGGUUCAUUCUGGGAUGAUAUUUAUCAAGUUAAGAUGAAUUCUGCAGCUACUGCAGCUAGCGGAUCUUCCUAUAAUAUUGCCUAUUAUCCAGAUGGCACCCAUCCCGAGGAGGGCUCUUACAUGUACGCGUAUGGGGACUACUACUAUCUGUUCUACUCAUGGGGUAUCUGCUGUUCCUAUGAUACCGAUUUACCCGCAUCAGGACAAGAGUAUCAUAUCAAAGUCUGCCGGUCAACCUCUGCUACAGGAGACUUCGUCGACGCGGAUGGUACAGCAUGCACCGAUGGUGGUGGUACAAUUGUUCUGGAAAGCCAUGGAGAGGUCUACGGACCUGGUGGACAGGGUGUAUAUGACGAUCCGACUUACGGCACAAUUCUUUAUUACGCUUACACAAACACUAGCAUUGGCUAUGCGGACGAUGAAAAGCAAUUCGGCUGGAACACAAUUGAUUGGUCCACUGGAUGGCCUGUAGUCUAG